UGGUUCCUCGUGCGUUGACCCAAGGGCCGCCGAUUUCCUCUUGCUCGGCGACCAUGGCAACCGCGGCGGCGGCGCCGAGGCACAGCUGCGCGAAGCUCUCGGUGGCGGUCGAGGACCCCAAGGCGCCGGGCGGCGGCGGCAUAUUCGUGAAGGCCACGUGGCUCCCCACCCGCUUCUCCCUCGCCGUCACCGACGGCGCCGGCGCCUGGGUCGCCGACGCCUCCGACGCCGAGGUGCGCCUCCGGGCCGAGCAGUGGGACCAGCCCGUCUCCGAGUACCUCGCCCUCGCCGAGCGCUACCUCGCCUUCCACCAGCCCUCCUCCACCUACUCCUUCCACGAGGCUGGCGCCGGCCGCAGGUUGUCAUGGACAUUCGAAAAACAAGGCACAAAGCUGGAAUGGCGUUGGAAACUGCAGCCGGCACCCCACCCACAACAGACUAUAGCUGAUGUCUUGGAUUUCCUUAUGGAUGCAAAUAUACGCUUGAGUGAAGAGGUUGUUAGGAAGACACAAUCAUUUGAGAAGCUCAAACAAGAAGCUGAGAAUUGCUUGCAACAGAGUGACAGAUUUAACAACGAGAAGGCUGAGUUUGAGCAAGCUUCCUUUACAAAGUUCGUGGCCGUUCUGAACUCGAAGAAGGCCAAGCUGAGACAGCUCAAGGACAAGAUCGCGGCGCUCGAGUCCGCCGACAAGGCCCCGAAGGAGGAGGAGGAGGAGGAAGGCAACUCGACCGACAGGACAGAGCCUAUCGAGGAAGGGAGCGACAAGGACCAAAGCGUGAACGACGAGCCCUCGGAGACGGGCAGCGGCGGCGACACCCACAGCUCCCCCGAGAAGUCCGCCGCCGCCGCGGCCACCUCGAGGGGCCGGAGAGGGCGCAAGAGGACGAGGAAGUGAGCGACCCGAACCAAGCAAAGCCAGCCGCCGGAUGUUUGACGGCCCCUGUCACGCAGCUAGUUUCUUUUCGUUUCUUUUCCUCCAGUGUGCUAGUCAUGUAGCAGCACCUUCGUCAAAAUGAUCUUCACGUGUUUCGUGCUUUGCUUAGAGGACGGAUAGGGACGAACUUAAAUUUUGCGUGAUGAUGAUGAUGGAUGGCCCGAUGGCGGCAGCAGCUGUAUUACUCUAGUACUCGUAUUGUAGUUGUUUUAGUGCCACUAGUAGCUCGUAGUUACUAAUGGGGAACAGAUGCAUUUCUCCA